AUUAAAGAAUCUUCACCUAUUCAUCUCCCAUUAGUCCACACGGUUGCGCCCCCCCCUGGCCGCCUUAUUACCCCGUGCCAUUCAACCAUGCAGCCUAACAAUUGCUGAAUAAAAUCCACAACCCACACCAUAUCAUAUCAUUUACUUCCCCUCCCUUCCCUUCAUGUCCCCCUAUUAACUUCUGCUUCUGCCGUCCUCGGCCACGCCGCCCCCACCAUGCAUCUCAACCGCCACCUCUGCUUCAUUUUGCCUGCAGAGCUUGAUGAAGUCAAACCAUACAAUCACCCCCCACUCCCUCCAUCAUCUGCAAAGAAAGAAAACUGGCCUCUGCGAGCUCGGACCUGCCGGGAUCAAAUUCUCGCCCUCAUCCGCCGGUUACUACAUUCCUACCGCGACUCAAAAUGGAUCAGUUUUUGCAGGUGUGGCAAGCCGCGGAAGAAACAGCACUGUGGUGUGUUCUAUGAUGCAGACGGGGCAGAACUUUUGGACAAGGUUGGGUAUGACAACCCGAGGAUCUUUAGCUUUGCAGAGCUUUACAUUGGGUCUAGAGGAUUUAGCGAGGAUGAAGUGCUGGGGAGUGGUGGCUUCGGCAAAGUGUACAGAGCAGUUCUACCCAGCGAUGGUACUGUUGUUGCGGUGAAGUGCUUGGCAGAGAGAGGGGAGCAGUUUGAGAAGACUUUCGCUGCGGAGUUGGUUGCAGUGGCCCAUCUCCGACACCGGAAUCUUGUCCGGCUAAGGGGAUGGUGUGUUCAUGAAGAUCAGUUACUCCUGGUCUAUGAUUACAUGCCUAACCGCAGCCUUGACCGGAUUCUUUUCCGAAGACCAGAAAACGUGCAGCCUGUGCUUCUUGGCUGGGAGCGCAGGCGGAAAAUACUCGGUGGCUUAGCAGCUGCACUGCAUUAUCUCCACGAACAACUCGACACUCAGAUCAUUCACCGGGAUGUGAAAACAAGCAACAUAAUGCUCGACGUCCACUAUAAUGCCAGGCUUGGAGACUUUGGCCUUGCCCGGUGGCUAGAACAUGAACUCAAAUGUCGAACUGAGACACCAUCAAUGAAAAAUCCCCAGUUCCGGCUAGCAGAGACUACCAGAAUUGGUGGCACAAUUGGUUAUUUGCCUCCAGAGGGCUUCCAGAGGCGAAACACUGCCACGGCAAAAUCUGAUGUUUUCAGCUUUGGGAUAGUUGUGUUGGAGGUGGUUUCAGGGCGACGAGCAGUAGAUCUCACGUACCCAGAUGAUCAGAUAAUUUUGCUCGACUACAUCAGACGGCUCUCUGAUGAGGGGAAGCUUUUACAAGUCGGGGAUAGUCGACUGCCCGAUGGAUCUUACAGGCUUGCAGACAUGGAACACUUGAUUCAUCUUGGACUCCUCUGCACGCUCCACCACCCACAAUCACGGCCAAAUAUGAAGUGGGUUGUAGAAGCACUUUCAGGUAGUGUUCAUGGAAAGUUGCCAGCACUUCCGUCUUUCCAGUCCCACCCUCCAUACAUCUCUUUAUCAUCCAAAACCAACACCAGCACCAGCAACAUAACACAAUCUGGGUCUUUGACCACUGUGACCACCAGCACAACUACAACCACAUCCAUUUCCUCCAAUUAUGUCACGGCCACAGGUAAAACCAUAUAUAACACUGCAGAAAACGGGAGCAGUAAUGUCACCUCAUCAAACAAUAGUCCCCCUAGAUCACCCACUUUCCCCGUAGUGGAAUCCCCACAAGAAAUUUCCUACAAGGAAAUCAUUUUGGCCACAAACAACUUCUCAGAUUCUCAGAGGGUAGCAGAGGUGGACUUUGGAACCGCCUACCAUGGUGUCCUUCACAAUCGUCACAUCCUGAUUAAGAGGCUUGGCAUGAAGACAUGCCCAGCAUUGAGGGCACGAUUCUCAAAUGAGCUUCAGAACUUAGGACGGCUCCGCCACCGGAACCUCGUACAGCUCCGCGGAUGGUGCACUGAGCAAGGAGAGAUGCUUGUGGUGUAUGAUUACUCAGCAAAUAACCUUUUAAGUCACCUUCUUUUCCAUCAUGAUUACAAGAAUGGUCAUUCCAUCCUGCAAUGGCGUCACAGAUACAACAUAAUCAAAUCGCUCGCUUUGGCCAUUCUUUAUCUACAUGAAGAAUGGGAUGAACAAGUUAUCCACAGAAACAUUACCUCUUCUGCUGUUGUUCUUGAUCCAGAUAUGAACCCCAGGCUCAGUAGCUUUGCCCUGGCAGAAUUUUUAACACGAAAUGAACACGGCCAUCACGCAGUUACAGGGGGAAACAAAUCAGUUCGUGGGAUUUUUGGUUACAUGUCACCAGAAUAUAUAGAAUCUGGCGAAGCAACACCAUUUGCUGAUAUUUACAGCUUUGGCAUAGUAGUGCUUGAGGUGGUUACAGGACAGAUGGCAGUUGAUUUCCGGCGGCCUGAAGUCUUAUUGGUAAAAAGGAUCCGUGAAUUUGAGAGACGGAAAAAACCAUUGGAGGAACUGGCAGAUUGGAGGUUGAACGGUCAGUAUGAUCCCAAGGAACUUGUGAGGCUAGUAAAAUUAGGAAUGGCAUGCACAUGCUCAAACCCAAAAACAAGACCAAGCAUGAGGCAGAUUGCAAGCAUACUUGAUGGAAAUGAUGAAUGUUUCAUGGAAGAAGGGCGAAGGAAGGAGAAAAUGGAGGAAUGGAAACAAAGAAAUGCUUCUUCUCUGUCACUGAUUUGGAGUAUCCAAGCUCUAGGUAUACAAUGAAACUAGCCCAAGCAACAUAACAGUGUAACAAAUGGAUAGGUGAUGUAUAUUGCGUUUCGUUUUGUUUUGUUUUUACUUUUUUCUUCUUUUUCCUGUCUUUUUACUGAUAUUUGAGUGUAUUUCUAUAUCUUUAUCUUUCUUUUUCCCUCCA